UUAAACAAAAAUAAAACUCCAAGCUCUCAGGGUUGAGCAAUCCAUAAACAAAAGCAAUUGCAUUUGCAUGCAUCGAUUUAGCAGACACUAAUAAAAAAAAUUAAAAUAAAUUAAAUGCAAAAUGGCUCAAUUGCUGUCUCCUGUGUGCACAGAUGUUCUUAAGAUUCAAAACCCAUUGAUGAAAACAGCUUCAAGAUCGCUUCCUAAGACCAACAACACUACUCCUUGGAGUUGGAACUGGAAGCGAAGAUCAUCAUCUGGCUUUGGCAGACUGAGAGUUGCAACUGAUGAUUCGCCGCCGGUGGCUGAUGACUACUACGCUGUUCUGGGUCUGCUUCCAGAUGCCACACCACAACAGAUUAAGAAAGCCUAUUAUAAUUGCAUGAGAGAAUGUCAUCCAGACUUGAGUGGGAACGACCCAGAAACUACAAAUUUCUGCAAGUUCAUUAAUGAAGUCUAUGCGGUGCUCAGUGACCCUGUGCAGCGCAUGAUUUAUGAUGAAAUUCAUGGCUAUGCAUUGACGGCAAUCAAUCCUUUCUUGGAUGAUUCUAGCCCUAAGGAUCACGCAUUUGUCGAUGAAUUUAGUUGCAUAGGCUGCAAAAAUUGUGUCAAUGUGGCCCCUGAUGUAUUUGGAAUUGAGGAAGACUUUGGAAGAGCAAGAGUGUACGGUCAAUGUGGAAACCCUGAAUUAGUGCAACAAGCAAUUGAGAGUUGUCCAGUUGAUUGUAUCCAUUGGACUUCUGCAGCACAACUAUCUUUGCUAGAGGAUGAAAUGCGCAGAGUGGAAAGAGUAAAUGUUGCACUAAUGCUUUCAGGCAUGGGGUCAGCAUCAAUAGAUGUUUUCAGAAUGGCAAAUUCUCGAUGGGAGAAAAGGCAAGCAAAAGUCUUGGAGCAAGCUAAAAUAAGGAUGAUGAGGCAAAAAAGUUCUGAUAAAACUGAUUCAUACUGGAGUGAUCUUUGGGGCAAGCCGAAAGACUACCAAAAAUCAGAGGAGGAAGUGAAAGAGAGAGCGAAAAGAGCAGCAGCUGCAGCAAGAAAAUGGAGGGAGUACUCACGGAGGGGCGUUGAUAAGCCUCCUACUUUUAAACUUCCAGAGACAAUGUCCAAUAACGAGAAAUGAUCAGUCUACUAAAUAUUCUCACGAGCUACUAAUCCCCUAUUCCUACAAGUAACAGAAAAAUUCAUAAGUCUACCUCAUGUAACCUUGUAAAGUUCAUGCUGAAACUUCGACAGUGUAUAUAUGAUUAAACGAAAUUCUAGUGAUUUUUUCAUAAAACGAGAAAUAAUUACAUGAUAAAUAUUCUAGUUUACUA